AUGAUUAUUCUAAACUUCAGAAGAUUAAAUGCUGCCUUUGAUGAUGAUGAUGAUGAUGAUGAUGAUGAUGAUGAUGAUGAUGAUGAUGAUGAUGAUGAUGAUGAUGAUGAUGAUGAUGAUGAUGAUGAUGAUGAUGAUGAUGAUGAUGAUGAUGAUGAUGAUGAUGAUGAUGAUGAUGAUGAUGAUGAUGAUGAUGAUGAUGAUGAUGAUGAUGAUGAUGAUGAUGAUGAUGAUGAUGAUGAUGAUGAUGAUGAUGAUGAUGAUGAUGAUGAUGAUGAUGAUGAUGAUGAUGAUGAUGAUGAUGAUGAUGAUGAUGAUGAUGAUGAUGAUGAUGAUGAUGAUGAUGAUGAUGAUGAUGAUGAUGAUGAUGAUGAUGAUGAUGAUGAUGAUGAUGAUGAUGAUGAUGAUGAUGAUGAUGAUGAUGAUGAUGAUGAUGAUGAUGAUGAUGAUGAUGAUGAUGAUGAUGAUGAUGAUGAUGAUGAUGAUGAUGAUGAUGAUGAUGAUGAUGAUGAUGAUGAUGAUGAUGAUGAUGAUGAUGAUGAUGAUGAUGAUGAUGAUGAUGAUGAUGAUGAUGAUGAUGAUGAUGAUGAUGAUGAUGAUGAUGAUGAUGAUGAUGAUGAUGAUGAUGAUGAUGAUGAUGAUGAUGAUGAUGAUGAUGAUGAUGAUGAUGAUGAUGAUGAUGAUGAUGAUGAUGAUGAUGAUGAUGAUGAUGAUGAUGAUGAUGAUGAUGAUGAUGAUGAUGAUGAUGAUGAUGAUGAUGAUGAUGAUGAUGAUGAUGAUGAUGAUGAUGAUGAUGAUGAUGAUGAUGAUGAUGAUGAUGAUGAUGAUGAUGAUGAUGAUGAUGAUGAUGAUGAUGAUGAUGAUGAUGACAAUUAUCUAACACCAAUAUUACUGUAA